AAUCUUUCAUGUAUAAAGGAAAAACUUAUAAAACUUGUGCUAAUUGUCUUAUUAAUAAAGCCAAAAAACAAAAAAAAUUAGAUACUGAUAAUACUCAACCUAUUAUAGAGACAAUUUCAGCACAAUCCAUUUGUGAUUAUAUAGAAAACUUAAUCUCCAAUGUUGAAAAUAAUAAUAGAAUUUCAUUUGAAAUUCAUAUUGAUCUUAAUGAUGAUAUUUUUUUAGAAGUUGAGCCUAAUGACCUUAAAUCAAUUGAUACCAUUCACAUACCUGACUUAGACUCACAACAGCAAUCUAGUACUGUUUUUUCUGCUGACAAUGAUGAUGAAAGAGUUGAUCUGGAUCUCUAUCAACAAUGUGAAGCUAAGGUAGUCGAGUUAGAAUAUCUAGCAAAACACCUUAGAGAAAAAUUGUCUAUUAAUAAUUUAAAACAC